CUGCACAGGCGCAGAACGCAGCUCGAUGCCGGAGAAGCUGAAAGGCACUAAGGCAGCCGAACCGAGCGACGCACUGACACUUCCCAGCGGACAGCCGCCGCUGCUGAGCCUCCAGAUUCCCGCCCGAGAACAGGCGCUUUAAAAAAAAAAAAAAAACACGUGCAAACGCCGUGGGAAGGGAAACUCCCCGCUGUUAGCAGGCUGAAGACAGAGCUGCGGUGCACAGGGAUGGAUUUAAGCAGAUGAUAGCUGACUGCAUGAGAGAUGCUGCAGGAGAAGCUUUCAGCUGUGACGGAUGAAUGUAUGAGCCGGGUCCAGGCCGCCGGGGGGACGGAUCUCCUUCCAGACCAGUCACAACUGGGCCUGUCCACAGCUCCCACCAUUCCCAGCUCCAGUGAGCCCGACCAGAACAUUGAGAACAUUAAGGUUGUUCUUCAUGAAAGGGAGCUGUGGAAGAAGUUCCAUGAGGCCGGCACAGAGAUGAUCAUUACUAAAGCAGGCAGGCGGAUGUUUCCCAGCUACAAGGUUAAAGUGACUGGGAUGAACCCCAAAACCAAAUACAUCCUACUUAUUGACAUUGUCCCAGCUGAUGACCAUCGCUACAAGUUCUGCGAUAACAAGUGUUGGCAGAAGCUCAAGCUAACAAACAAUCACCUGGACCCUUUUGGGCAUAUCAUCCUGAACUCUAUGCACAAGUACCAGCCCAGACUACACAUAGUCAAAGCCGAUGAAAACAACGCCUUUGGAUCCAAGAACACUGCCUACUGUACUCAUUUCUUUCAUGAGACAGCCUUCAUCUCUGUAACCUCUUACCAAAACCACAAGAUCACUCAGCUAAAGAUAGAAAACAAUCCAUUUGCCAAAGGAUUCCGGGGUAGUGAAGAAGGAGAUCUGCGCGUUUCAAGAAUACAGGGGAAAGAAUAUCCAGUGAUUUCUAAGAACAUGGUUCGCCAGAGGCUCAUCUCCUCGCAUAGUCACCUAGCAGGCAAGCUCGGAGCAGGAGUUCUCACAGGGCACCCUCAAGUCCUGUCCUCUUAUCAGUAUGAGUCUGGGGUUCCUAUGUCUCACUCCGACCCCCAAGACCAUAUCUCAAACCACUUUCCUCAAAGCAGAGAUCCCAGCCUUCUGUACCACUGCUUCAAACACAGAGAUAAUUCCCGACAUCUAGAGCUUGGAUGUAAGCGGCCAUAUCUGGAGACAUCAUCUGCGGUCUCAGAGGAGCAUUACUUUCGUCCAGCUACCUCUUAUGAGUCGCCCUUACUCUCUCAUCCGUACUGCACUGAGGCAAUCACCUCUAGAGAAGCUUGUAUGUACGGUAGUAUGGAAACAGAGUCUGGAUCUGGGGCAGGGGACACAGAUGAUAUGACCAACGCCUCUUCAAUAAAUUGCAACAUGUGGGCUACAAUGCAGCCCUAUUCUCGCUAUAGCGUGGAGGGUGUCCCGUACCAGCCCUUCACUGCUCACUUCACUAACGCUGCCACGGUCACGCCGGUUGUACCGCACCCCACAUCAUCCAUGGCGUCACGACCACAGGCUGAUUUGGGGGUCUACAACUCAGCUACGGUGCAGCGAGGACUGCCCGUCAUACCUUCUUCAUCCUCCUCUUCAUCCUGCUCUCCAGCUGUUCCGGGAUCCAGAGAUAGGUCAGGCCAUCCGCCUCUGUACCACAAGAAGCCAGGGUCACCGCUCCGGCCUCAUAGAGAUUUCUCAACCUAUCCAACACAAGGCACUAUAUCCAUACGGGAUCCAUCCUAUCACUACCAAGUGGAGCGGAGUAGUGCAGGGACUCCCUGGACUGACAGCUAACAUGGACCACUGGAGAAAUCAGUUUUGUCUAAUGUACAAGUCUGAAAUGAAUCAAAGUAAUAAAAAAAACACCGUGGGCUGCUAAUGAGAAGCCGUGAUAAUGAGCUACAGCUAUGAUCAUUGCCAAAUUGCACUCCAAAGCCAUUAACAUCCCUGAAUUGGCACUGAAGCACUACAUGCAACACUGUAUGUGGUGAACUGUGGCUGACCAUUUUACUUAUGCAGAUGUGUAGCAUGUGUACUAGCCUGUGAUCAGAUAGGGUGGUUUGUCAACACUCCAAUGCAAAGUGCAGGUUUGAGCAGCACUUACAAUUCUAUCAGAUGGAGCUGUAACUCUUGCCCUUAAAAAGAAUUAGAGGCCUAGAUAUGUGCAAUAUGUGUACAUGAUGGUCUCCCAGGGAAAACUGAGCAGUGAGGGUUUUAUCAUUUCUUGUAGCGCUCCACCUAGACAGAGCAUGUUUCAUAACUAAGGCUGCCAUUAUUCUAUAUUUUUUUUUAUUGUUGACAAGGCAAUGAGAAAGACCAAGUCAACAGUGUGCGAGUCUCUCAAUACUUUCUGACUCUACCCUGUCUGUAUCACUCAUCACCAAACCCAUUGGGGUGAAGACGUUUAUCUUUAAAAACUGGUCAAAAAGGUCUCAGCAGUUUCCUAAAACAGCUGGCCACUGUAGUUUUGGGCAAACAUAAAUAGAAUUUGUUGAGGACUUCUUUCAGCUGCUGAUUAAUGUGAGUCACAUCACAUACUCCUUUCACUGCAACAUAUAUCCAACUCACCCUUUUAAUCAUGGCAGUGUACUUAAGCUGUCAGUGCUAUGCUCAUCUUUUGUUGCUUGCCUGUUGCCACAUGGCUCACCUGAAAGCUGUGCUAUCACUUGCUGCAACUGCUGUUCAUAUAGCCUAUCAAAAGCUCCACCUCCACCCCAGCAUCCACCUGUAGAUCCUGAGUCUAUUGUCGUUUUCCACUCUCUGAUAUGCAGCGCUUGAUGUAAUGGGUGACGAGUUCAAAGCCUCAACGCCAAAUAUCAACGCUGUAUGUAUUCUGCAUUCACAUAAUAAUAAUUUCUAUGCAAGUUGACUGACUAGAAUAUCCGUUUGGUGGGCUGGUGAGUAUGUCCAGCAGCAGGACGGUUUAUCUAAAGUGACUUAAAAUAAAUUACAGUGGCUGCGUUUGUGGUUUUUAAGGAACACGUAAACCUGUGCAACAGUGUUGCGCAUUGAUAUAAAGGAUAAGAGGAUAGAGGAUUUGUGGUUUGGGUCUUUUCAUGACAUUGGUUGACAAUAAGAACAAUAUACAAUACCGCCAGCCUUGAGAAGUAUGCUGGGGUUGAUGUCCAAAAGGAAUCACAGAUUUAAAACCUUUUAUCACAGCCAAGCUCCUUUGAGUCCUAAUUAUUCAUAUGUGCCAAAAUGAGAUUUGCUACACCUUUAUGUAUAGGGUGAAAGUGCAUUGAGUCCACUGCAAAGUGAGACUGAUCAUAUCAGAUUAUAACAGACAGAAAAGUUAAUUGUGCAUACAAUUAGAGUAGAAUGCACAAAGACAUUAAAUUAGCUAGCUUUGUAUGGAAGUCUUUUCCCAUGAUGUACAGUAAUUAAAUCAAGUGAAAGGUGCACCAAAACAUCCAUUGUGAGAGUUGUUAGUGUAUAGGUCUUAUUCAAAUACUUUUUAUAUGUCUAUGCUAGUUGCGUGAUACUAGCACUAAUCUGAGAAAAACAUGUUGUGAGUGUAAGACUAAGCCAUGUGUUUGUUCGUCAAAGUUAGGUUCCAAACUCAUGACUCCGAACAAUAUUCUAGGGAAACGGGACAGCAACCAGAUGCGGGCUUAAAGAACUGUCGUUAAGCCAUGGUAAGUACUGGAAAAGAGAGUGCACACAAAUCCCACUCCCAAAUGAUUUACUUGGAAAAAAAAUCCUUGCAAGACUGCAAAUGCAAAACAGCCUGAGCAGGCAGGAAAGCUGAAAGAAAAGGCUCUUGGUAGCAUCACAUACAGUAGUUUGAACUUGCAUUGCUAGGAGAGACUAUCUUUAGGAUAUGAUGGUGAUCACUAAUGCAUUGGUGCAUUGUCCCUUUAUUUCAUAUUGUUAAGUUCAUUAUAACAUUUUUGAAUUUAUUGACAUUUUUGCACACCUGAUGAAUAAACAUUUUCAUGCCUCUAACUGUUUGCUAUAUUUAAUUCAAGACCAACAUUGUACUACUAAAUUACAUUACACUCACUUUAAAAUGAAAUUUUUUGGUUCUUGAGGCUUUGCAUAUAAUAGCAUUUUCAAAUUCAGUCUGUUCUUUAUCCGUUGUAUUAAUGAUACAUCAUGUGUGAACUCUUCAAUUAGGACAUUUGUUUGUUUUUAUUGAUGUACAAGAGAAUGUCACAAGAAACUGCAUGCCAAGAUUAUCAGAUUAUUCUUUUCUUACUUUUCGAACACACAGUACAAAACAAAGAUAGUAUUUUAUACCAAAUAAAUACACCAGUCAAAAAAAAAAAUUCUCUAUUGCGACAUAGUUGCCAAAAAGAUAAGACCUAACAUACUCAACUCACAUUGAAACCUAAAAGACUUUGAAGAAUGGGUGCUGGAUAAUAAUAUAUAAAGGUUAUUUGGACAGCACUCCAAUUAAUACUUUUUAUUGCCACAUGGACGUUUUGGGCAAUGACAAUGACAUAGUUGCCACUUAAUUUGACUAGUUUCACUGUACGACACACAAU